GAGUUAUCAGGCAUCGGGGGCCUUUGUUGAAAACCUCGGGGUCCUUUGCUAACAGCCGACGCGUGGAUAUGACGUGUGUUUUCCGCGCUUUGCUCGUAUCGGGAAUGGCAACGCAUUUCAUCUGAGUGUUAAAGGUUAUUGUGAGUGGAAAGCAUGUCGUUCAGCUUCGGACAACCUAGCGGUGGGGGCGGGUUUAGCUUCGGCACCCCUAAAACCACGGCGACGACCGGUGCGGUCCCCGGCUUCUCGCUGCCGACGAACGCUCCCCCUUCAGGAGGAUUCAGUUUCGGAGCAGUGCCUCAGCAGCAGCCUCAGGCCCCGGCAACGACUUCUCAAAUCGCUGGACUCCUGGCACAGACCACCACGAGCACUGGAGCCCCACAGGGUGGAUUCAGCUUCGGUGCGGCCGCACAGAGCAGCACUCCUGGUGGAGGCUUUUCUUUCGGAGGUGCUCCAAAACUGAGUCUCGGCUUGACUCCAGCUUCUCAGCCGGCCUCGACAGCAGCGACUCUGGGGGGCCUGUUGAAUUCCUCCAACUCGUCCAGUGGCACAGGCUUUACAUUUGGAGGACUGGCGACUCAGACUGCAGCUUCAACCCAGCAGCCCACAGGAGGCUUCAGCUUUCCCGGGGCAAAGGUUCAGGCUCCUGCAGCAACUACAGCACAGAGCACUCCUUCCUUCUCACUGGGGGGGCAAAGCACAGGUCUCACUCUGGGCAGUGCUGUUGCAACCCUUGCUUCCUCGACUGGGAUUAACUUUGGGAUCAAGCCUGCAGGUCUGGCCACGCCGACUCCUGCCAGUACUGCUGCUGCUUCUGCCCAGGCUCUCCAGGUUGCCCAGGCUUCCCAGGCUCUCCAGGUUGCCCAGGCUUCCCAGGCUCUCCAGGUUGCCCAGGCUUCCCAGGCUCUCCAGGUUGCCCAGGCUUCCCAGGCUCUCCAAGUUGCCCAGGCUUCCCAGGCUGCCCAGGCUGCCCAGGCUUCCCAGGCUCUUCAGGCUGCCCAGGCUGCCCAGGCUUCCCAGGCUCUUCAGGCUGCCCAGGCUGCCCAGGCUCUUCAGGCUGCCCAGGCAUCCCAGGCUUUUCAGGCUACCCAGGCUUCCCAGGCUGUCCAGGCUUCCCAGGCUGCCCCAGUUUCCUCACUGUUUGCCAUUGCUGUCCCCCCCACUUCAGCUCCAAGCUUCAGCUUGGGAGGUUUAAUAAGCACAGCUGCCCCAGCAGCAUCUUCAGCUACAGCCUCCACUGGCUUGAUGCUCAAACCACUUGGAGCCGCCAACACCACCGGCACUACAGCUGCAGCUGUUUCUUCAGCGGCCACCACAAGCUUUUCACUGGGGCUGAAACCCGCCGUCUCUGCUGCACCGCCCAUUUCUACAGUCGUGUCCACCGCUGCAGUUAUCGCCAGUGCUGCACCAGUGAUGUCUUAUGCUCAGCUGGAGUCCUUGAUCAAUAAGUGGAGUUCAGAGCUGGAGGACCAGGAGAGACACUUCCUACAGCAGGCCACUCAGGUCAACGCCUGGGACCGCAUGCUGGUGGAGAACGGAGAGAAGAUUACAUCACUUCAUAAGGACAUGGAGAAGGUUAAACUGGACCAAAGGAGGCUGGAUCAGGAAUUAGACUUUAUUCUGUCCCAGCAAAAGGAGCUGGAGGAUCUUCUUAUUCCUUUGGAGGAGUCGGUAAAGGAGCAAAGUGGGACCAUCUAUAUGCAGAAUGCCGAUGAGGAGCGAGAGAGAACGUACAAGUUGGCAGAAAAUGUCGAUGCUCAGUUGAAGAGAAUGUCCCAAGAUCUGAAGGAGAUCAUCGAGCACCUCAACACAUCCAACGGGCUGGCCGACACAAGCGACCCGGCAGUGGAUCCUUUUAAACAUCGAGUUAUUGCAUCAAGGCUUUCAUUCAUCAUGGACAAUGCUGAACCCCAGACCAAGCACCAGGGGAAGACGUCUCUUGGGUUUGCUCUCCAGCAGAUCUGCAAAAUCCUCAAUGCUCAUAUGGACUCUCUGCAGUGGGUCGAGCAAAACUCUGUUCUGCUUCAGAGGCGUGUGGAGGAGGUGUCCAAGCUGUGCGAGAGCCGCAGUAAGGAGCAGGAGAAGAGCUUUCGUUUAAGUUUUCAGUGAUGGAAAUAGAAAAACGUUUUUGUAAAUGAAAAAAAAUCAUAGUUUUGCUGAUUCUGUUCUAAUAAAACUUAUCCUUUUUACUGUCAA